UUCACUGGUCCGCUGCCUCAUAACCUUCUCUCCUGGGCUAAAACUUAUUUCAUCGACGUCUCUGAGAAUUUCUUUACCGGUCCAAUUCCACCAGAUAUGUGCAAGCAAGGUAAGAUUCCUAUUGGAAUCUGGGGAUUACCGAACGUGGCCAUGAUUGAUAUCUCAUUCAAUGAUAUCGAAGGCCCAAUUACAUCCAAUAUCAAAAACGCCAAGUCUCUUGUAUACUUACUUGCAGAACAUAAUCGUUUAUCUGGGGAAUUACCCACUGAGAUUUCAGAAGUCACAUCUCUGAAGUCAAUUCAACUAAAUGACAAUAGACUGACUGGGGAGAUCCCAUAUAUGAUUUGCAAUGUAAGUUUUCUUGAAAUUUUGGAUAUCGCUAAUAACAGUUUGAAAGGCAAGAUUCCACAAUGUUUAGGUAACUUUAGUUAUUAUCUUAGGGUGAUGAAUUUGCGAAUGAAUAAUUUCCAGGGCACCAUACCUGAUACAUUUGCAAAGGGUAAUCAGUUGAGAACUAUUGUCUUCAAUGACAAUAAUUUAAAAGGGCUAUUACCAAAAUCUUUUAUCAACUGUACAAAUCUGGAAGUUCUUGACCUUGGAAACAACAAGAUUAAUGAUUUAUUUCCUUAUUGGUCUGAAGCUCUUACCAAUCUGCAGGUUCUUGUCUUGAAAUCCAAUAAAUUCCAUGGACCUAUAGGAAAUCAUAACAGUAGUGGGGUGUUUUUCUUUAAGCAAAGAAUUCUUGACUUGUCUCACAAUGAGUUUACAGGUCUUUUACCAAGAAAUUAUUUUGAAAAUUUCAAUGCCAUGAUGAUGAUUAAUGAUGAAGACAGACUUGAACCGCAUUAUAUGGGUGAAAGUAGUCAAUAUCAAGAUUCGGUGGUGGUGACAGUGAAAGGGAUGGAAAUUAAUCUACAGAGAAUCCUAACCAUCUUCACAACAAUUGAUUUAUCAAGCAACAAAUUCGAAGGAGUGAUUCCAGAAGAACUUGGAAGGCUUACAGUCCUUCGACUACUCAACCUUUCCCAUAAUAGCCUAACUGGCCAUAUCCCAUCAUCAUUGGCAAAAUUGACAGCACUUGAAUCCUUAGACCUUUCUUCAAAUAGCCUCACUGGAGAAAUUCCUUUGCAACUAACAGAUCUAACAUUUUUGGCCAUGUUAAAUCUUUCACAAAACCAGCUUAUUGGACCCAUACCUCAAUCCAAACAAUUUGCUACAUUUGAAAACAACUCCUAUGAUAGAAACCUAGGAUUGUGUGGAUUUCCAUUGUCAAGUAAAUGUGGCACUAAUGAGCUGACACAACCAGCACCACCAUCAACAUUCCAAGAAGACAAUGAUUCAUUGUUUGCAAGCGGAUUUGGUUGGAAGGCUGUGUUAAUCGGCUAUGGAUGUGGCUUGUUGUUUGGAUUAGCUAUGGGAUAUGUUGUGUUUAAAAUAAGAAAACCUAAAUGGCUAGUAAGGUUCAUUGAAGGAAAACAAAAGGACAAGAAGAGAAGGCCUAAUAAUCGAAGACCUGGACAAAGAAGAAAUUAAUGCAUUAAAGGGGUGCUCUGUUUGACUAGCCUCUCUUUUGAUGGUAUUUUGUGUAUUUUUUUGUUUAUUUUGAGAUUGAAUGGCAUGUUUGGCUUAAUUCCGGGGCUAGCCUUGUACUUACUUGUACUUCU